AUGACCACAAAGAAGAACGCAACACUCGAUACAGAUCUAUCCGAUAGCAGAACCCAGCGGUACCUAGCUAUUCAACCUGACAUCAAACGCUAUCUCGAGUACACACUCUUGCCGCACCACACUGACUUGUUUCAAAAACAAUCAACUCCAACAACGCCUUACCAGGAACUUGAUCUAGCCGAGCUUUUACACGAUGGAGAGAUCCUUUGUAAGUUGGGACAAUUGGUUUCGGAACUAGGGGAAACUAAGGUCCAAAACCCCACUUUAAGAUUCAAAUCAUCACGGAUGGCAUUUGUACAGAUGGAAAACAUUUCGUGGUUUAUUCAGCUUUGUCACUUGAUUGGGGUACCUCAAGACGAAAUUUUUCAAACUGUAGACUUGUUUGAGCGAAAAGAUAUGUACCAAGUAUGUGUUACAAUUAUGUCGUUUUCACGAAUCGUGCAUGAGUUACAACCGACGGUGUUUAAGGAAGUUGUUGGACCCAAAAAAAGUAAAGUUCGACCUUCCGUCCCGAGCAAACCGAGAAGCCUAAGAAGCUGA